AUGAGUUCCGCGACGCGCAUCCUGAUCGGCGCCGAGGAGACGGGCAUGCUCGGUAUGAAGCAGACACCUGAGACGGCAGCCAAGCUCAGCGCGCUGCUGCAACAGGACAUGGAGAUUGUCCACCAUCUCCUUGCGCUCUACAGCACCGGUGCCAGCGCCGACGUCCUUCAGCGCGCCUACGACGACAACCAGACCUACCAGAUCGAGCGAAAAGAGCAGGGCGACGACGCUGUCCAGGCUCUGCGCGACAACUUUGACGAGGCGGCUGAGAAGUUCUUCGACAAAGACCAGUACUAUGGCGACUUUCUGCGCUUCUACCAGGGCGAAAUCGAAAAGCUCGGCUGGCGGGAAGCCGUCCUCAAGUAUCUGCUUGGAAAAGAAGGAAACUUUCGUCGGCUCUUUGACAGCAAGCCCCCCCUUCUCUAUCCCGGGUCCUUUCUUCUUUCUUCCUUUUGUCUUCUGCAUCCCUACCUCCAGCUCAUGUACGGCCUGGAGUGGGCGCAGCCGGCGCUCGUCGCCCUGGGCCUGGCGCAGACGAGCGUGCACAAGGACACCUACGGCGCGCUCUUUGCUCUCGUCGACGACAAGGCGCGGCAGGCCGCGCUCCCGGCGACCCCGCGGCACCUCGCCGACCUGUACGACAGCAUGCGCACCGAGCACCCGCACCUCGUCGCCGCGUCCCGCUGGGAGGACGGCGACAACAGCCACGCGGGCGUGCUGCAGCGCAUCCCGGACCAAAUCGCCGCGUACCUCGCCGCCAACGUCGCCGUCCACCCGGACCGUUUCGACGAGCAGGUCGACGCCGUGGUGCACGCGGCGGCGUACCUGACCGCCGCGUGCAUCUUCCACCCCCCGCACAAGCCCAAGUUUGACUUUUUCAUCAUCCACUACAACAACCUCGGCCCCGCGCUCCUGCACCUCAAAACGCAGCACUGGAUCCCCGCCGCCGCAAGGGCCCGCCUGCUCGAGUGGAAGAUGCGCACCGGCAUCUUGACCUACUUGUCGCGCGGCAGCCCGCGGCUCGACCUGGACGCGCUGCGCCGCUACGUGCCGCUGGACAUCCGCACCGGCAGGGCAAACGCCAUGGUGGCCACGCCCGAGGAGCUGCUGCCCCGGCUGCACGCGGUGCGCGACGACGGGCACGCCGUCAAGGUGGCGCGCGCGUUUCUGCUCGCGCAGCGCGCCACCCGGCCGUACCUGGAAGAGGGCCGCGCGAGGCCCGGGUGGGUGCGCAUCGCCGACGACGAGACCUGGCUCAGGGCGCACUAUGCGCUGCUGGAUAGCGUCGAGGGCCAGGAUGUCGAGCAUCGCUGGGUUCGCUCCGCCGGGUUUGAUGCUGCGUGGGAUCACUUGGCCAAGGAGUAA